UGUCAUACAUUUGACAGUUGACACUGACAUUUGUAAAUUAAGUUUCUUAGCAGAAUUCGUGAUAUUUUUCCAAUACUAUCAGUUUUUAUUUAUACCUAGCCGUGAUAAGUUCGCCGGCAAUUUGUCUUCUAGCUUGAAACAUUUAAAAGAAACAUGGCUCUACAAAAGCACAUUUUUUUGGCUACACAGCAAUACAUUUCGAGAUGCUCCAUUCUCCAACCUACUCUCAGACAGUCUUAUUGUGCGCUCCGACACAAAUACAGUACGGAAGCCUCCGAAGAGAGGAAGUUCACAGACCGCCACGAAUGGGUAGUUGUUAAAAAUAAUGUUGGCACUGUAGGAAUCAGUAAAUACGCACAGGAGUCUCUCGGCGAUGUUGUGUUUGCUCAACUCCCCGAACCGGGCACAGAAAUCAAGGCCGGAGAUGAAUGCGGAGCCCUUGAGAGUGUGAAGGCAGCAAGUGAGAUCUAUUCACCAGUUACAGGCACUGUUACCGAGAAAAACAAAGAAGUAGAAAGCAAACCUGGUCUCAUCAAUACCUCAUGUUACGACCAAGGCUGGCUUUUUAAGCUAAAAUUGUCAGAUCCGGCUGAAGUCUCUAAGCUGAUGAAUGAAGAACAGUAUGAAACGUUUCUAAAAACAGACGCGGAGAAGGACCAUUAGUGAAUGUGUUAAGUUUUUGUUUUAAUAUUUAACUUAAAUGUGAUUAGAUUUAAAUAUAUUGAGAGUUAAUA